AUGGAAAAAGUUUCUGUGCUGUCCAAGGAAGACGAUUACAUGGAUUUGCCUCCGGGAUUUCGGUUUCAUCCCACCGAUGAAGAGCUUAUUUCCCAUUACCUUUACAAGAAGGUUAUUGACACCAAGUUUUGUGCUAGAGCCAUUGGAGAAGUCGACCUCAACAAGUCUGAGCCUUGGGAUUUACCUUGGAAAGCAAAAAUGGGCGAAAAGGAAUGGUACUUUUUCUGUGUGAGGGAUAGAAAAUACCCCACUGGGUUGAGAACCAACAGGGCGACUGAAGCCGGGUACUGGAAAGCCACGGGGAAAGAUAAAGAGAUUUUCAAAGGAAAAUCUUUGGUCGGAAUGAAAAAAACUCUUGUUUUCUACCGAGGUCGAGCACCCAAAGGAGAGAAAAGCAACUGGGUCAUGCACGAGUACAGACUCGAGGGGAAAUUCUCUGUUCACAACCUCCCCAAAACCGCAAAGAACGAGUGGGUGAUUUGCAGGGUGUUUCAGAAGAGUUCAGCGGGGAAGAAAACUCAUAUUUCGGGGAUAAUGAGGUUGGAUUCCUUUGCAAAUGAAUUGGGUUCUUCUGCUCUGCCACCCCUUUCGGAUUCUUCUCCUUCUGUUGGCAACACUAAACCGCUCAAUGAAUCGGCUUACGUGCCCUGCUUCUCCAAUCCAAUUGAUGUUCAAAGAAAUCAAGAAGGGUUCUUUGAUUCCUUCAACAACUCUACUUACGGGGUUUCUUCAAAUCCUUUGGACUUUCUUCCAAGAAUGCCACCUUCUGCCUCGUUCUACUCCACUCAAGGUGUUCAAGCUGUGCCUAAUUUGACAUUUCCCGGUUCUGUUUACGCUCUGCAGGACCACACCAUUCUGAGAGCUAUGAGUGAAAACAAUGGUAAUGGAUACAAAUCAGAGAGGGACAUGAUCAGCGUCUCACAGGAAACGGGUCUUACUACUGAUAUCAACCCUGAAACCUCUUCAAAUUUUGAUAUGAAUAGGAGGCACUUUGACAAUCACAGUCAUCCACCUGUUUCUGUUGCCCCUUUGGAUCUUGAUGGUUUGUGGAAUUAUUAA